CUAAAUUAUUCAUACAGAACCCGGAAACUAGAACAAAAUACACAUCAAAUUACAGCUAAGUCUCGGCUUGCACAGUCUGCCAGUUCACAGCCCAUACGUAAUAACAACACAUUCUGAUCGAUCUCCCAUCGAAACUCCAACCUAAGACAACACAGACUUCAAUAUAACUCUCUCUUCUCUUUUUCAUCGCUUUAAUUUCCCCUCUUUUUCUUUCUCCGUUUCAGCUCUCCACUUUGCUUCUGCUUCCAAUUACUGCCCACUUCUUUUCUUGAUUGUUCUCUUGUUUUCAAGAAAAAAAAAGAGUGUUGUCUUAAACUGUGACUGUCUUACUCUAGUGUUGUUAUUGAGCUAGGACUUGUUGAUCUGGGAGAAGUAUAGUGACUAAUGGAGGGCGGAGAAGGAAGCCCCGGGAGAAUGGAGGGUACGAAGAUGAGGCUACAGGCUGAUCGGGCCUUCAGUUUAGAGCCCGAUGAGGCGGUGUCGUCGCCGGUCACUCGGCAGAAAGCUGCCGCCGCGAAACAGUUCAUUGAGAAUCAUUACAAGAAUUAUUUGCAGGGCUUGCAAGAUCGCAUGGAGAGGAGGAGAGCUUUGCAGAGAAGGGCGCAAGAGGCUCAGGUAUCUAGCGAGGAGGAAGAGAGAAUGCUGAGGAAUUUGGAGAGAAGGGAAACUGAGUAUAUGAGAUUGCAGAGGCAUAAAGUAGGCAUCGAUGACUUUGAACAGCUGACUGUCAUUGGUAAAGGAGCAUUUGGCGAGGUGAGACUAUGCCGUGCUAAAAAUACAGGAGAAAUAUAUGCCAUGAAGAAAUUGAAAAAGUCAGACAUGCUUAGCCGUGGACAGGUUGAGCAUGUUCGAUCUGAGAGGAAUUUACUAGUGGAGGUUGAUAGUCGGUGCAUAGUGAAGCUCUUUUAUUCCUUCCAAGAUUCUGACUACUUAUACCUUAUCAUGGAGUAUUUACCUGGUGGUGAUAUUAUGACUUUGUUAAUGAGAGAGGAUAUUCUUUCCGAAGAUGUUGCCCGGUUUUACAUUGCAGAAAGCAUUCUUGCUAUCAAUUCAAUCCACCAGCAUAGUUAUGUACACAGGGAUAUCAAGCCCGAUAAUCUGAUAUUGGACCGAAACGGGCAUUUAAAGCUUUCCGAUUUUGGUUUGUGUAAGCCUCUGGAAAAAUAUUCAUCAAUGUUGUUGGAAGAUGACGAUUUUACCACUCAGGACUCUACAACCGAUGGUGAAGGGCAUACAGGCGCAGAGACUGCUCCUUGGUUAAUGGCGAAGGAGCAGUUACAGCAGUGGAAGCGCAACCGUCGUGCCCUGGCAUACUCUACUGUGGGAACCCUUGAUUAUAUGGCACCUGAAGUUUUGUUGAAGAAAGGAUAUGGAAUGGAGUGUGACUGGUGGUCGUUGGGGGCAAUUAUGUAUGAGAUGCUCAUUGGUUAUCCUCCCUUCUGUUCUGAUGAUCCUAGAAUGACAUGCCGCAAGAUAAUAAACUGGAGAGCAUGCUUGAAGUUCCCUGAAGAACCAAAAAUCUCUGAUGAGGCAAAGGAUCUGAUCUGUCACUUGUUAUGUGAUGUUGACAAAAGGCUGGGUACUAGAGGCGUUGAAGAAAUAAAGGAACAUCCAUGGUUCAGAGGGGUUAAAUGGGACUCCCUUUAUGAAAUGGAAGCUGCCUAUAAGCCGACAGUGAAUGGAGAUUUAGACACACAGAAUUUUGAAAAGUUUGAUGAAGGAGAAAAGCCACCAUCUAAUGCACCAAGAGUCGGACCUUGGAGGAAGAUGUUGACAUCAAAAGAUGCCAAUUUUAUUGGAUAUACAUUCAAGAAAUCCGAUCUCCUGAAAUCAGCUGGAACUGCAGGAAUAGACGUGAGCUCAAAUGGAUCUUCCAAACCUCCAUCUCUAAUGUCACUAUUUGGCCAGAUAGACCUGCAAGACACUGUAAUAGCCGAGGAUGACCCGAAGCCACAAACUUGACUCAUUUACAUGAAUAUUGAUUCUUCAAAGAGGGGUUAUCUGCAAGGAAAUGCUAAUUUCUGUACAGAGAAGUUCAUCAGUUUUUGCAGCUGGAUACAAUUUUGUCCAAUUUUUCCAUUGUUUUUGUUUCUUCCGCCCACGUAAAGCCAAUAAGUAUGUUAAGUUCAUUGAAUACUUUUUGUUUUGGUGGGAAAACAUUUAUAU